AUGGACGAGCGACACAGAUCUGUACUGGAGCGGAACCGCGGCCUCCUGCUGGGGAACAUCAUCCUCACAGACGAGUUCUUCCGGUUGCUCAAGUCGGAACAUGUGCUUCCGGAUACCAUGAUCAAUGAUAUUCAGUCCCUGAAGACGCAGCUGUCCCGGAACUCCCGCCUGCUGGAGACACUGCGCCUGCGCGGCGGGGACGCGUACAAGAAGUUCCGUCACGUGCUCUACCUGACUGGCCACCAGAUGCUAGCCGAUCAUCUACACGGGGAAGACCUGGAGACGCGGCUGUGGCGGGGAGACGAGCUGUUCUCCAAGUUUCCCAAGGUGUUCCAACACGUCAGUGACGACACCAAAGCCAAAAUACUCAAAUUUCUAGAAACAAAGGUAAAGGAGAAGGCUACCACAAACGCGUGGCUGACUGCGGGCGCCGACAGAACCGAAGUUAUGGAGUCUCGGAGGGUCGUGUUCGAUGCGGAAAAAGAUUAUAGGAUCAAACUGGAGAACAAAACUAAAAAGCUGCUUCAAAUGAAAGAUGAGGCAACGGUGCUGGCAGAGGAUAUCAAAGCGAGGGAUGAGGCGAUGGCCAGAGUUCAACAAGAAAUUGGAGUCAUGAGGAACCACUUCAAAGAGGAUCUUGCGACACAGUCCAGGUUUAACGCCGCAAACAAUCAGUCUAUCAUACACUUGAAAGACCGCUUUGAUAAUUUCAACGAACGUGUGAAGAAUAUAAAUAUAGCUAUUCGUCGUUUUCUUGAGACGGACAAUUUACACGUUGACGAUGAUCCGGAUAAUAUCAAAAUUUCAAUGCUGGAGAAAAAUGUUCGAAAGAUAAUUCAAGUUGCGAGAACUAAUUUAGAAAACACGUCACAUAGUUCAAGUGAAAAAGAAGCGGUGCUAAGUUUGUUACGUACGUCAACGCGUCACCGGACUCAGACGUUAACGGAGGCGGUCCAGCAGUACGUUGAUAAACAGGAAAAGGGAAAAGCGGCGAUAGGGAAGGAGCUAGAUAUGCUCGUUGAUGUUGUUAGAGGGAGCAAGUUUACAGCUAAGAUGUCGACCAAACCGAAGACAGAUUUGAAGUACUUGAAAACUCAGAUGGCUAUUUUACGGGAGGAAGUGGAACAUAUAAAGAAGAAGCUGGAGUGGAAAGACUGCCAGAUUUCUGACCUUAUCAAAGAAAACAGUGAUUUGAAGGAGAAUAGCGCGAGACAAAACGUGCAGAAGACAGUCUCGUUUCCGAAACUGACGCAACAACUUCCGGUCACGCAUGCGUCGAAUGCAGAUGGGUCACGUGAUACCCCGGAUUCUUCGCGGGAAAUUGAGCAAGUUUAUCAACAAUAUGAUAGGUAUGUCCAUGGAACGAACACGCCGCCACCGACGCGACGUCCAAGCACAUACAGUCGUCGUGGUUCUUUAGCCGACGUCAACCUUGAGAAUGACGUCCCAUCGCUUCCGCCGGAUGUGAAGUCACGAAGGAACUCUUCCUAUGAUUCGAGCGGCCUUGACAUCUUAGGUACAACCCCUCAGUAUCGACGAAGCAUCUCCGAGCUUAAAUCGUUUGAAGGCUUCGGCGAUUUAAACAUCCCUUCGGUUUUCACAGACGCUGUGACGUCAUCAGCGAACGUCAUCAUGAAGUCACCACGGUCGUACACUUCUGUGGACAGGUUAACUCACCGGCGGCAACCGGGAUCAGCGAUCAAAACGGAUCUGCCGACGGAAUUUACUCGCGCUGGCCGGCGCCCUUCGUUAGCGGAUUUAAUUACGAUUUAUGAAAAUUCGCAAGACGAGAAUAAUUCAACAGAAGAGAACAACAACAACAACACGAGACUUCCGGUAUUACAGGAAACUUGAACGAAUGUAACAUUCUGUGUGGUACUGAUUGCAAGCUUUGGGAAA